AUGAGAUUCGCUGCUUUAAUCCUUGUGGGAACCAUAUCCCUUUCGGCAGGGAAUUCUAUCAAUCAGUGGACAUACGACAACGGCUACAAAGUAUCUGUUGGAACCGUCUCCUCUUGUAACGAGAAUGUUGAUCAAUUCCCGGACAAGGUUGCACCCUUGUUUGCCAAAUAUGGCAUCACCUACAAGAAUACGUACAAGAUCGUUGAAAACAAGGUUUUGAACAAGAAGUACGUCCUCUAUCAGCGAGGGUGUAGCAGACCUGCAGCAGCAGAUGGCCAGGACAUCGAUGGUGUAUUCGAAAUCCCUCUUUCAAAGGUUUACAUGAGCUCGUCGACAUACUUUGGAUUCAUGGAAUUGAUGGGUGAGAGAUCGUCAAUGCGCAUCAUCAAUGGUCUGUACAGCUCAAGCCCUUGUUUGCAUAGACAGGUAUCAGAUGGAUGGACUAAGAAUGCUCCCUUCACCAAUUGGUGCUCGUCCACAUUAGGAUAUUGUGAUCUCAAAGACACAGAUAAUAAUGCGACCACUCCAAAUGUGCAAGUACCUAAUGAAGCGUUGAAUGCCCUUAAAAUCGAGGGUUCGUUCUGUACAACUGGAUUGGUAUGCAAGAAUCCCAUCAUGGUUAGCGAUAUCUCGGAAAAUAACUUUUAUGCAGCUGGGGAAUGGAUCGAAUACUUUUCUGUCUUCUUCAAUCGUGAGGCUAUUGUUGGCCAAUUCGCUGACACUACUCGACAGAGAUGGGUUACCAGCUCCGAGUUUGCAAUGUCCAUCCAGGACAAGAAGAGAGUUCUUUUCGUAUCGUAUUGGAAAGAAGCAUACCCGGCAUACGGCACUUACAAAGGAUGGGAGGUCAAGACCUGUGAUCCUUCUACCUCCUAUACCCGAUAUUGCGAGCUUGUCAAGGCCGCAGGAGCUAUCGCAGUCAACAGUGACACCAGUGCACUAGCGGUCUUCGACUUUGGAAGGAAGGCUGACCCAUCGGGUGGCACUGAAUGGUUGGCUGGAGGACAGCUGCAGCCUGAUGCCUUGCUCUUGGAUGUCAUUAAGAGCGUGUAUCCUGACAAAGUGCCGAAGCAUGAGUUUGUGUUCAUGAGGAAUCUGUUAGACUCUGUCAAGUCUGGCUCUUUGGACUGCGCGAAUGUCCCCACGCAGCUUGGAUGCCCCAUGACAGGCAAGGAACUCAUCGCGAAAUGCACAGACUUGAGUGCGACGGUGAA